AUGCCCAACUAUUUCUUUCAUGUUGCUCUUGAACUCUUUACAGAUCACCAGACCAGUACUCAACACCCAGAAUCACAUCCACCGAAUCUAUCACAAUUCUUUAAAACCUUGAAGCCUUUCACACGAUCACCGGCUGGAAGACAGUCGCGAGUCAAUCUGUCGGACCAGAGAAAAUCAUUACCUCUUACCAUACAACGCUCGCAACCUACCCUCCAUGAUCUCGAAUCCAAGUUGGACAUUUCACACUCCGACUCCAAGGACCCUCGCUUGGAUACAAUUGUCCUGGAGAGCGCAGAUAUGGCGUCGCAAUCAGCAGGUGGAGAACAUUCUGGUCAGAAUGACAACAUCAUCGAGAAAGGCAUUGGUACAUCGAUUUCCGGUCGUCACAUGAAAGGCCGAUAUGAACCUUUGGAAGAUAAUGGCGGGGUUGAAGGCUGGGGCAUUGUUCAUCUUUACAGAGAUUCCGAAGAGACGUCGGGUCUUUACCCAUACAAAGAUUCUGCAUAUCGGUCCAGUGAUCUCUGGAGUGAUGGACUGCGCAAUCACUCCUCGGGCAAGGCACAUCCGCCACCAAAAGAUGAAGAGUGUACAACCCUCUGUAUCCUCGCUGUACCCUCCUACAUGACACCCUCUGAUUUUCUUUCCUUUGUGGGAGAAGAGACAAGAUCCCAAGUCAGCCAUUUCCGAAUGGUGCGGACAUCCAGAGCAAACCGUUACAUGGUCUUGAUGAAGUUCAACCAUGGUAAAACAGCAAGACAAUGGCAAAAUGAAUGGAAUGGCAAAGUGUUCAACACAAUGGAGCCAGAAACCUGUCAUGUUGUUUUCCUCAAAUCUGUUGAGCUCAUCCAUACCUCUUCAAUGGAACAGAACAGUGGUCUCAGUUCGCCUACAACAAGUUAUCCCCGUAUGUCCAACGACCCAUUUAUUCCCGCCAGCACCUCAUUAAAACCUCUCGCACCUCGAACUCCUUCCUUGAUCGAAUUACCUACUUGUCCUGUUUGUCUGGAGCGAAUGGAUGAGACUACGGGUCUUCUGACAAUACCAUGUCAACAUGUCUUCCACUGCUCCUGCUUAGAAAAGUGGUCCGGUGGUGGAUGUCCCGUGUGCCGCUAUACUCACGAUGACUUUUCCUCCCGACUUGGAUCUUACAAACUCAAGAGCAAAGUACAAGGAGAAUAUGAUGUAUAUGAUGGCCCACGAGAUUGUGAAGUCUGUCACGUCGAAACAAGUCUCUGGCAAUGUCUCGUAUGUGCCAAAGUGGGCUGUGGGAGAUAUGAAGGGAAACAUGCUUAUACUCAUUUUGAAGAAACUGGUCAUGCAUUUAGUAUUGAUCUGGAUUCCAAACGAGUUUGGGAUUAUGUUGGUGAUGGCUAUGUGCACCGCAUCAUCCAGAAUGCAGGGAGUUCAGGUGAGAAAUUGGUCGAGCUGCCAGGAAGAGCUCGGGAACCCACUGCUCUUCAAGGUCUGGAGGAUCUGGAUGUUACAAAAAUGGACAAUAUGGCCUUGGAGUAUACCCAUCUUUUGACAAGUCAAUUGGAGAGUCAACGGGCUUAUUUUGAAGAAGUGGUGGAACGUGCAGUGGAUAAAGCAACCGAAGCGAGCAAGAAAGCCGAAGAAGCCAUCACACAAGGCCGCGCUGCCACACAAAAACUGCAAAUCCUUGAACAGGAGCAUGACAUGGUUGCCAAAGGACGCCUUCCAGAAUUAGAAAAGGAGAGGGAGCGACUGGCCAAACGUAGCUCCAAGUUCGAAGAGAUGACAAGAUCAUUCAAUGCCAAAUAUCAGGAAGAAAAGACCUUGACCACGAGUCUGAUGGAACGAGUCAAAUUUCUUGAAGAAACGCAGAUUGAGCAGCUUAAUCGGAAAAUCCAACAGCUCGAAGAAGAUAAUGCUACGAAAGACCUCCUGAUGGAGGGUCUCAGAGACGAACACCGUGACGCCAUGAUGCAGAUAUCCGCACAGAGGAAACUACAGGAAAUGGUGGACAACGGAGAACUCGAACAGGAGGAUCUGGAUGGUGCUGUCAUUGAAGCUGGGCCAGCCGCGAAGAAAAAGCUCCCUUUACGAAGAGGCAAAAAGGGAAUGCAAGCCCAGGCCGGCAAAGCUAUGAUUGCAAGCGGUGGGACGCCUUCCAUCACCUCUGCAUUACCUUCUCCAAACGUCGCGCCCGUCGCUGACCUCUAUCGCGAACUUCUCGGCUCUAAUUCAUUGAGCAAUGAAUGGGACGAUGAAAAAGCCAGGAAGAUUCUCGAAGAGUGCAGAGCUAAGUUGCUAGGUGAAGGACUGCUCGUGCCAUCCGCACCCAAUGCUCCUGCAGUGGAGACGGAGGACAGUGACGGCGAUGGAGAGGUCGACGAGACUGUCGAACAACAACCAGGCGACAAAAGUAAGUCGAGCAAGAAGCGUAAAGGAAAGAAGAAGGCGAGGAAGUGA